ACUAGAAAUGAGAGACACUGUGAAACAUCUUUUAAUUUGCGUGUGCAUUCAUAUGCGAGGUUUGUUAUUGCACGCAUACGAGGGCACGACUUUCGUGAAUUUUCUAGAGCAACCUCCAGAACGAAUUCCUUGUCUGAAAUUCAACCUGAGACAAAGUCGCAAUACGUAUAUAUUGCAUUAUAGUUUCACGAAGUUUCUAAGGUCUCUUGUUCUGCUGGUAAGACAUUUCUGUACACUUAUGUGAUUUUUGUUACAAUACAAUUAUCUACAAUUAUGAGCAUUCGACCGUCUAGAAUUAACUCAACGGGUAAUCUUUAAUACGUGUUCAUUUGAGUAAAUCUACACCAAAAGAAACAGGUCAAAUAUUGUUCAAAUGUGACAGAAUGCUAAGUCGUUAGUUACGAGUACGUUUUGCAAGUUGUGAAAGAUGGAAAAUUCGACGAGGUACGAGGUGCGCAAAAAUUUUUAAGCGUGACGAUGAGAGACGCAACGACGCUCGUUUCCCGACGGUAAUUGAACCAGAAGUAUCCUUUAGGCUCGUUAAUUCCGCUCGUGGAAACGGAAUUUCCUAGUUGACAAGGGUGGGCUGGUGCCUGUACAAAAAGUGCCGGCAGGAAUCAAGGAUUCGUCAUAUGAGCUUCUGUGCUCCAAUUGGUCAAGUCACCUCUAAAGAGCAUCGCUGAAAAUAAAUCAUGAAAAAUUUAAUAAUAUCUAUGGUUACUCUCACGCUAUUUUCCAUAACAUAUCCCUCCGAAGCAAUAGAUUCUGACAGAAAGGCAAGGAUUUCUAAAGCGGAGAGUAAAGUAUUUGGAAAAAAGCCAAGCAGUGGAUUGAUUUCUUUCAACUCGGAAGAAGAGAAGCUUCAUAUUGACUGGUCCGUAACGAUUCCCUUUAUUUCGAUACCUCUUCAACACAGAAGCGAGCAUGGAGAAAUUCCAUCUCUACUUAACGUUAACACAAAGCCCCUAGGAAUAGUCGGACUGAUCACUGCGCUGCUUAGCGUGAUCACGCCACUAUUUUCCAAAACGCAUCCACAACACCACUAUCGUUCCGAUGACAGUACUCAGUGGUUACAAAUGGGUAACGUCAUCAACGAGAUGAUUUUCAAUAACGACUACGUGAUACCUUGUGUGCAACAAAUUGUUUGCUCCGUUGUUUCGUUCGCGAAGCAUACAGAACAUCCAACCAAUACAGACAAGAUAAUCGACGGUUUCUCAAGUUACAAAUGGUUCAAAGAUUUCACAAACGGCACAAUCGUCGAGGAAGCUAUAGCUGUGGGUCAAAAAGGAAACCUCGAUUGCGCACAGGUUUACAAGGACUGUUUGCUAAGUCCGAAACUUCUGAAGAUUAUGAUGAACGAGCUUGGUAUAGUCUGACCGUCCGAUGUAAUCAUACU